UACUGAUAUAAUGCUAAAACCCAAUAGCAAUUUCUGCCUUUUUUGAGAAGCAGGUUCGUCAUAAUUCUGUAAAUAUAAAUAUUACUUUCAGAAAUGUAAUGGCCUGACUGCAAGAGUAUUUUACGUCAAAUUGCAAUCAAUGAAAUCAAGAGCAAGCUAGGUCUAAUCAAAACAUGAAACUGGGGUAAAUAAAAAUAUCUAAUAUUAUUUGCACGACGUGUUGCUAGCGCCUACCAAUUGCCCGAUUAAUAAAUUAACAAGUCUUUUCAUUCCAAAUGUAAGAAGUUGCAUAGCCUUGUUUAUUUAGUGUACAUAAUCAUACGAAUUUUUUCUAUCCUGACAUCUUUUUUGUACAGAUAUGAUUAAGUUUUUUAUGUGGAUAAAUAUAAUCUAUCAUCGUCACAUUACAAAUAUGCAUUUUUUUCGGACAAUGAAAUCUUUAUGAUCGAUAUGAUAUAAAGGGAUAUCUUCCAUUGGAUAAUCCAACAAUGGCAGGAUCAGAUAUUCCACUGUUGAAUCAUUACAAAAAAGAGUUUGUAUAUAAAAGACUCCCACAGACGUUUUUCGGUGGACUGAAUCUAAAACUUGGGUAUGCAGUACCGUGGUAUAUUUAUAUUUGUCAAAUUCUACUCUGGUUGAUGCCAUUUUUUAUUGGCGGAGCAUUCACACUUGGUGUGGAAGUCGGUGGAUUAGCUCCUUUUCAUGCUUGUAUAGGAAAUGGAUUAGUUGUUGGGAUUAUCACUCUUUUGCUACAAGUUGGAAGUAAAGUAAUUUCGAGAGGGAGUAGUGAGAUCGAAGAUUCUGAUAAAUUUAGUUUAUCUUCAGCUGCUAGUGUAUCCUCCAAGAAGUUGAGAAGGUUACUUGCAGAAGAAGAUGAAAUUAUAUUCGAAUCAUGCUUGUCAUCAAAUACUUUCUUAUUUUUGGUUCCUCCAAAGAGGUUUUAUUUGUCCAUCGUCACCGCAUCUUUAUUAUCAAUUUUUGUCAAUGGUUUGGGUAUGUGGUAUUCACUACCUUAUACCACUUUCACCACUCUAUAUGGUUACAACACCGUCAGUAGUAUUUUCUUGUUCAUAUUUUGUUGGAUUGUUAUUUGCGUCGCCCAGUAUCCGUUACUUCUUGGAAAUCCUAUACCUGAAACUGCUGCAUAUCGUUCAGUGGAUUUUUAUGAAACUCAAAAUCUUUGGAGAUCUCUCACUGUGUCAUUAUUUUUGAUAGUCUUCUUAGUAGAUAUUCUAGUGGACUCUGCUGUUCUCACUAUUGUCAACAAUGUACUUCAUAUCGUAUUUUGCACAUUACCAGCACUCUGGUUACUUGGUAUUAUUCCACCUUUCGAUGCAUUAUCUUUAUGGUUUAUGGAGCAAUUUUUAACGUUUGGCCUAGGUGGAUCAUGCAUGUCCACUGAUUGGAGGUUGCUUUUUAUGACGAUUAUUUCAUCUUCUGUUCUUAUUGGCUUGUCAUUUGCAACUUCAGCUCAAAUUAUCAUCAGCUGUAGCGUAGCAUUUGGUUAUUUAUUCAGCACCGACAUUACCUCACUCUGUUUCAAUGCAGUUUCGCACUUUAGAUUUAUAAAAGAUUUUUGUGGCAGAAAAACGAAAGUAGAAGAGUUUAAUGAAGAUCAUAUUACUGAUGCAAACUCUAAUGGAUUACAAGUUUCUUGGAAACAAAUCGUUACUCAUUCAGUCAUGUUCACUCUUGUGUUUACUGGGACAUUUUUAGCCCAUUAUUAUGGAUCCUCUGUAUCUGGAAAUACUGGUGUAAAGUCAGCAUUGGAAUAUGUUUUUAUCGGAAUAUUUGUUGUAACUCUGGUAUUCAGAGAGUUUCAAAGAGUUUAUUUUUGCUUCGGGAUUUUUCGGAACUGUUUUUAUCCUGUUUCCACGCUCUCUCAGUCGAAAUUUCAAAAAAGGAAAAAACUUCUAUCUUGGCUGGGAAUAAUUCAUGGAAUAUUUCUUUAUAUAAUUUUUCCUAUAUCAUCUUCUAUUUAUUUGUCAUUCUUCAUAUUUUCAACUUCAACAACAUCAUUUCCUUCUUUUGAAGUAGCAUUGGGAUGUAUACAUGGAAUGAGAUUUGUGUGGCAACGUCCUGGGAAUGCUUUGUUUUCAUUUGCCAUCCUUUCUAUUCUAAAUUUAAUCUCUGACUUGAACUCAACAACAUGGGGAACACUUUUUAUGGGAACACGACUGAUUAUAUUGGAUAUAUGUAGAGAUAGGUUUUUCCAAUUUCUGGAUAAUUUAUGGUUUGCUCUCACUCUCAUGGUGACUUCGUGGACUGAUAAAAAACAAAGAAGGUCAAUGACGAUUCCACUCAUUUGCCUCAACAUUAUAUUUUUUCCUUUCACAUUAGCAAUAAUUGGAAUUGCUUCUGUGUUAUCUGCUCCUUUUUUACCACUAUUCACUCUGCCUAUUUUUACCAUUGGAUUCCCAAGACCAAGCAAAUUUUGGGCUUCUCAACCAGGUUCAGCUCAGGCGAACAUUUGUCCCGACACGAUCUAUUAUCAGCAAAUGGUUGAACCUGUUUGUAAAUGGUUUUCAUCAGAAGUUGGACUAGGAAUAGUAUCAGCACAAGCUUCUUCUUCCUCACUACCUUCCUUUUAUAUUGCAAGAUCUCAAGACAGAACAUUAUGGAUACAGGUACUCGAAUCUGGCUGUGGUUACGUUUCUUUUUCCAUGAAGGGAUUGGAAUUGCAGGAAACCUCUUGUCAUGCAUUGGAAGCUACAAGACUUGAUGAUGCUUUUGAUAUUGCGUUUGAGAAAACUGAGCUGGAUUUACGAUGCUUGAGAACCAACCAGUACGUUGGAACCAGUUCAGUCACACCAGUUGAUUCAGCGUUUAUCGACAGUCAUUCCGACGCUAAAAACUCGUUGCGUGGAAUUAUUGACCACCCAGAUACAAUGAAACAACUCAGAGCUGACUUUCUAAAAAGUCUUUCGUGGAUUAUAGUACAACACAUCAUUUCAAAUAACAAGAAAAUGGGUGCAACUGAAAACAACAAAAAUAAACCAUCCGAAAACCAAAACAAUUCUGAAAAAGACAUUUUGCUUAUAUCUAAUAAACCUCAUGAAUUAAGCGUCCAAAAUUUGAAAAAACCAGCAACGUUGAAUAAUUUUCCCCACCCAAAUUCUGUUGUUGAAAGUGAUGUAGGAGAUGCUCGAUCAGUAGUUGUCCACUCUAUAAGGUCAGAUUCUUUGGUCAGUUUUACAUCCAUCUUAACGUCCGAUGAUGAACGCCCAUUAAGUAGAACAAGAGGAAGCAUGAAGAAUUUGAAAAAUGGAAAAGCAAUGGAAAUGAAACAAAGAAAAAGUGGAAUCGGAGGAAGGCAAGGAUCUAGUAAAAAAAUGCAAAAUAACAAAUCCAGUGAUAAUGAUGAAUGGGACAUUGACAGUAUUUUAUCCGAUUCUGGUUACGGACUUCCUGCUAUUGAUGCAGACAAAAAGAAAAUGAAAAACACACCUGUGGUUAUGAGCGAUUCAGCUUUUGGGCAUAACAUGGAUAGUGGAUUGAGUGAAUCCUAUGUACAGUUAUAUGAUGAAAAAACUAUACAGAACGACAAUAAUAAACUAUUUUUUAAACUGAUUCCAUCAAAGUGGAAUGAAAUACCAAUCUCCUCGGACGAUAUCACAGAUUCAAUGAGAAUUUUAGAUUUAAAAUGGUUGGAACAUUGUUUGAAAUCAUCAGUAGAAAAGUAUGGAAGUGAAAUCUUUGUCACUCCUGCUAUUGUAUCAUCGUUGGCAAAGUUGAUUACUUCUUGUGAUUCCAUUGUCAAUAUGAUGGGUGUUCCUGGUAAAAACUCAUCUCUGCUCGGUACAGAACAUAUGCAACAAGUUUAUUACGAUAAAAUUCCUUGGUCUCCUGCACUGGAUUGGUUAAAAGCUAGAAAAGAUCUUCAUGAUAUUGUUAUCACAGCUUACAGAUAUGCAGUCAAGCUCAUGUAUGAUCAAGUUAGUUUAGGACCAGCUGAAAGUAAUGAUGAACUAUCUGAAUAUUUCACUGAAUAUGAUGACGAAUGGUUUAUUGGAAUCGAAUCUGAUCCUAAAUGGAGGAAAGGAUUGGUUGACGGAAAUUCUCACUUGUUUGCACUUUGUCAUAAUUCUGUGAAGAAAGAACUUAGCGUCCGAACACUCACAAAGCAAUCUGUAUCAAUGCACUUCGGACGUGUAAAUCCAGCAGCUGUCCGAGGAAUAUGGUCAAAUUUUGCUCUAGAGAUGAUUUACGCAACAAACGACGAUGAAGAACGAUACAGUAUACAAGCACAUCAAGCAUUAUUAAGAAAUCUAAUAGUUCAGACCUCCGACCCUCCUCUAGGAUAUCCCAUAUUUUCGUCCAAACCUUUGAAUACAUCAACUCUCCCGUUGAAAUGACGAACUUCAGGGUUUCGAUUUAGGGAAGUGGUUAUCAAUCCAGGGCCUGUGAGCUUUGCAUGUAGAGGUGAAAAAACAAAAUAGCAAAAAGAAUGUAGGCCCUGGUGGUUUACCUUGCAAUAGGCGGAAAUUCUAGGACAACUCUAUAAACCAGUAUUUAGGGAAACUAAAUCUCAUUCUUAUGAACAAAUAUUAAUCCACUUGUAACUUCUUGACAUUGUUUACGAUUAUCCAUAAAGGAAAAAGUUUCUGACAGGACAAAUUUUAUAUUAUUCACCUUCAGAGUAUUUUUUGUGUUCAGUUUCGUUUAUAACAGUAUUAUUUUGACUGGUUUUGUUAAAAGGAAUCCAACUUUCAGGCAAAUCAUCGAAAUUGUCCAUGGCACUGAAAAUAUUAGACCACUGAUCUAAGGAUUUUAACUGAGGCUGAGAACUAAACAAAUAGGCCCGUAUAUGAAACUUAUCACCGACUGCUAAUACAGAGCACAGCUAGGAGUGAAAAUGUAAGAAAAAUUUCUGUCCUGUUUUGGGAAGUUUUUUAAAAUUAUUCAUAUAAUAACAUUUAAUAGCAGUAUUAUUUCGUAUAAACUCAGUUGACAGUUAUAGAUUGAGCCAAUGCCUUCUGAUAUACAAUAAAUAUCACCCUGACAAGAAAGUUAAUUCUUGAUGUGUUCCGUUUUCAUUGAACCCUACAAUUGCACUUUUUGUUACCUGUUACCUAUUUUACCCAAACGGUACAACAUAGUAUUUUAUAUUUAUAAAUUAUUUUUCUAUGAAUUUUUUUACCGAAUUUGUAGUAAUACAGAGUUAGUUAUAU